AUGCAAUACGUAUUGCGCUCACUGCAAGGAAACCUGAAAAUGUUGGGUCAAGCAAGUGCAAAGCUGAACUUUGUCGUGCCGUUCACUGGCUCGUCUGUUGUGCUGCGGCGUCCGUUGAUGACCCCAGUGGGCGGGCGCUCGCCGUAUGCACCAGCGCUCGCUCGCAGUGUUGCGAAGCGUUCGCUGAGCAGCGCACGAACGAGCCUCAUGCAAGCGAAUGCGAACAGUCGCGAACGUGAUAACGAGCGGACGCUGGUUCGCGGACGACGGGACUGGGGCUGGCCGUUCAGCAUCAUGCGCCGCGAUCCCUUCUUCAUGUCGCCGCUGAUGGACUUGGAUCGUUUCUGGUCGGACUUUGACGCGCUCGCGCAGCGCAGUAAUGCGUACUUGCCGGCCCUGGAUAUCACGGAAACGAAUGAUGCGUUUGUGGUUAGUUGCGAGCUCGCCGGAGUACCCAGAGAGAAUGUCAAGAUCGCCCUCGAUGGUGAUAUUCUUACUGUUCAGGGCGAGAAGAAAUGGGAGCACGAGGAGAAGGACGCCAAGAUGCAUCGCAUGGAACGCUCGUAUGGUUCCUUCUCGCGGAGUGUGCGGCUGCCUACGGACGUCGUAGACGCAGAAAAUAUCAAGGCGCAGCACAAGGACGGCGUCCUGCGUAUCACGAUUCCGAAGAAAGUGAAGCAACAAGAAAACGUGAAGGAGAUUCCGAUUGAGGUGUCGUGA